AUGUCGACUGCCGGAGAGCGAGAGCCUUUGAACGAACAUGCCGAGGAAUUCGCGCGGCCGACUUCCGCGCUGCUGAGCCCCACUGAUGCGCCCGACACGCUCGCCGUGGGCAGGCUGGCCUCGCUAUCCUUGGGGGAGGACUCGCUCGUAGUGCUAGACGAAUCGUUCGUGGAAACCGACACCAAGUGCUGCGGCCUUCUGCCUGGAGCCGCCAAAACCACUCGCUCCAUUCCGCUGUACAACGUGCUGUGGGCAGACCUUGCCGAGUUCGACAUCUCCAUCCACUACGCCCGCCAGGUCUCUUCGUCGGUCGUGCGCCCGGCCUUCAUCAACUACACCGUGGAAAAAGAUGACCGGUCCAAGGCGCGUUUAUGGAUUGAGAAGCUGCUGGACCGGGCGUAUGGGGCGUCGCAGCGGCAGAAGCGCAUCAAGGUCCUGGUGAAUCCGUUUGGUGGGCAGGGCGGCGCGCAGAAAAUGUACCUGAAGGACAUCGAGCCCAUCUUCGCCGCCGCGCGCUGCGUCAUUGAUGUCGAGGAGACUCAGUUCUCUGGCCAUGCCGUGGAGCUUGUCGCGGAGAAUUUGGAGGUCGACGACUGGGACGUUAUCGCGUGCUGCUCUGGCGACGGCGUACCGCACGAGGUCUUCAAUGGUCUGGGCAAGCGAAGGGAUGCGGCUAGAGCACUGCAGCAGGUCGCUGUUGUCCAACUGCCGUGUGGGAGUGGCAACGGCAUGAGCCUGAACUUGAACGGUACGAACAGCUGCAGCAUGGCCGCUCUUGCUGUCGUCAAGGGCCUCCGCACGCCAAUGGACCUGGUGUCAAUUACUCAGGGCGACCGCCGCACUUUGUCGUUCCUGUCUCAAUCCGUCGGGAUCGUCGCAGAGUGCGACCUUGCUACAGAGAAUCUGCGCUGGAUGGGUGGUCAGCGCUUUACCUACGGCUUCCUUGUUCGGAUUUUGGGGCAGACUGUCUACCCCUGCGAUGUUGCCGUUGGCGUGGAGAUCGACGACAAGGCCUCCAUCAAAGAGGCCUACUACCGCGAAGCUGCCAACCCACCUCAGGACGGAACCAAGAAGCGCCAAUCCAUCAUGGUUGGUGAGGAGACGGGCCUGCCGCCUCUGCGCUACGGCACGGUGAACGACCCCCUACCCGAGGGCUGGACACUGAAGCCGUACGACAAGAUGGGCAACUUCUACUGCGGCAACAUGGCGUACAUGUCGGCUGACGCCAACUUCUUCCAAGCCGCACUUCCCAGCGACGGCUGCCUCGACAUGGUCUGUGUCGACGGCGAUAUCAAACGUAUGACGUCCAUCAAGACGCUGCUCGCUGUCGAGAGCGGCUCGUUCUUCGACCUUCCGCACGUCAAAUACAGAAAGGUCACUGGGUAUCGCAUUAUCCCAAAGAACCAGAAAGAUGGGUACAUCAGCAUCGACGGCGAGAGGGUCCCCUUUGAACCCUUCCAAGCCGAGGUGCACAAGGGCUUGGGGACAGUGUUGAGCAAGACUGGUCAUUUGUAUGAGGCCAGAGGCCCGCCUCAGUGA